AUGCAUGAUGUAGCUGGGGACGCCUACUUCAACUACAACUUCAUAAGAUCUACAGUUCGCGAUGAAACUUCGGACGGCCUAAUGAUCGUACAUACAAGGGACAUGAACUUGCAAAGCGAAAUAGCAAGGGGUUCCAAUUAUUACACGUACUCUGCGCUCUAUGGAGGGUGCGUUGUGGCAGUCAAAGUCUUCAAAGGUCCUGGCGCCGAGCAGAAUUGGAAGGACAAUGUUGCUUUGACUAAAGACCUUUUCCAUCCUAAUGUUACAAAAAUGAUUGGGGUUUCUGGCGAAAACACAAAAAAUCCACACAUCGUUUACGGAAUAUCUGACAAAAAAAUGACUUUAUUGCUAGCCAAAGCGUUGCGUACCGAUUUGAACAAGAGUGUUCAGCUAUCGAUAAAAACGGCGGGACUAAUUUACAUGGAAUCUCUCAACCUUUCAUCAAAAGACAUAGUUAACAUUUUGAAAUUGGAGAACUUCGACAUCUUUGUCAAUGGCGGCGAUGAGCCAGUUCUUUCGAUUCACUUACCGGGUACCACUGCUCAAGGACACCACCAUCCGGAUUCUUCUUCAUACCAUUUCAAAGACCACCACAUUGGGAUCGAAAUAUUGAGCGGGCUCUGUCAAAAACUAUUUUCGGAGGUCAACUCCUUCCUCUAUGAUGAUCUUCCAGAGAAGGAACUGGACACCGACGACUUCGUCGAAAAUCACUCAAUGGUCGUUCAAACCAAUCGGGAAGGCCACUCAAACGUAGCCGAGGACGCUUCGGAAGUGUGGAUAUCUCAUCAAGUUCCUCGGCGUGAGUUGCGGUGGAAACUUGACAAGAGUGUAAGCAAUCGAAACCUCGAGUCUAUAGUGCGCUGUUUCGACUCGGACCGUGUUUGGGCAUCCUCAGCAGACUCUCCCCUGCCUCGUAUCACAGCAUCACCUCACAAAUGGGGUUCCCAUCGUUGUCCUGGGUAUCUUCGUGAGGAAAUAACCCUUACGGCGGAUGUGUCAAGGAGCAUUGUUGUUGCUCACCAAUACCCCAGUCAAAAUGAGAUCUGUACGAUAUGUGGCCAGCUUGUUCGAUAUCCUCACAAUCCAGAUUAUACUACUAAGCGUCGGCGACAGCCGCCGCCAAAAAUGAAUAUCUCGGCACCAUCCAUCAGGAGUUAUGUGCCUCAUUCGUUUUCUGCGUGGCAACCCGAUCCUGCCUUGGUGCCUAUGCCACCGUCUGGGGAGCCAGUUUUGCACAUUUUUGGGAGGGGAAGUCCUGGGUUGUUUGGUCCCCGCUCACCCGCCAACUCGCGCUACAAUCCUUCCAUACAACUCACACUAUCUCCUGAGGAGCCGACUGCCGUACAUGGUGUUGGAAGCUCCAGGUUGUUCGGUCCUCGCUUGGAAUCUGACGCAAACCGGAGCAUUGCGACGUCAGAGACCCAAAUAGGCAACACUCAGAUGCAGGGCAGCAUCCCACCACCCGACGCCCAGCGGUCUCGUCCCUCGCCAGUUGUGAAGUAUCUCCGACUCUGGAACAGAGUUUAUGGGAAAGGUAAAUCGCGUGCUUCGCCAACUGUCGUGUGA